AUGGGUGGAGGACAGAUGACUGGUUGUCUUUCUGUCUUCCUGCAGGAUAUGGCAUCUAUACAUUCUCUCCAGCAACUAGUCCUGGUCCCCAGCCAUCUACAGUCAGCUUCACAAUUCCUUCUUUCACAAGCACAGCCUGUCCAGCAAGGUCUUCUUCAACCAAAUCUAAUUGCUUUGCCUCAUCAACAAGGUGGUUCAUUGCAGUCUCAAACUGGAAUGAGCCUGGUUAACCAGGCAGUUGGACGGCCCGGCCUUUCAGGUUCUUCUGUAGAACCUCAUUUGGAAAUAGGACAGCAUUUGCAUCCUCCAAAACACAUAUCUGUUGCUCCAGAUGAACCCAGUGAUUUAGAAGAACUGGAAAAGUUUGCUAAAACAUUCAAGCAGAGAAGAAUAAAACUUGGCUUUACACAGGGUGAUGUUGGCCUGGCUAUGGGGAAGUUAUAUGGAAACGAUUUUAGCCAAACAACAAUAUCUCGAUUUGAAGCUCUGAACCUCAGCUUUAAAAACAUGUGUAAGCUGAAACCUCUUUUGGAGAAAUGGCUAAGUGAUGCAGAAUCUGCUCCAUCUGAUUCCGCUAUGACACAAAACAGCACAUAUCCACAAUUAAGUGAGAUGUUUGGACGGAAAAGGAAAAAAAGGACAAGUAUAGAGACUAACAUACGUCUGACUUUGGAGAAACGGUUUCAAGAUAACCCAAAACCCAGCUCAGAGGAAAUCAGCAUGAUAGCUGAACAGUUGGCUAUGGAGAAGGAAGUGGUACGGGUUUGGUUCUGCAAUCGUCGCCAGAAGGAAAAAAGAAUUAAUUGUCCAAUUAACUUGCCUCUGAAGUCUCCUAUCUAUAAUUCAAGAAUGGUAAGAUUUAAACUACAAUAG